AUAGCCUGCUCUCGGGUGUACCAACAUGGCCGCCUCGGCGGAAAUGACGCACAUCCCGGAAAGGAAGAGGAGAGCGCACGGCGGGGCGUGUACGGCCAUCAUUCGCCAUUCCUGAGGGUGGGAGCUGUAAGAGCAGGGAAGCGAACCGGCAGCGGCUGCCCCUCUCUGAACCAUGGCUGAGCACGAACCCACUACAGAGCAACUGGCGCAGAUCGCAGCCGAGAACGAGGAGGACGAACAUUCGGUGAACUACCGCCCCCCGGCGCAGAAAACCAUCGAGGAGAUACAGGCUCUGGACCAGGACGAUGAGAGUCUGCGCAAGUACAAGGAGGCUCUGCUGGGCCCCGUGCCCGCCGCAAUUGAUCCCAAGGCUCCGAAUGUCGUGGUCACCAAACUGACCUUGGUCUGUGCAGAGGCUCCCGGCCCCCUGGAGUUGGACCUGACAGGAGAUCUUGAGAAGUUUAAGAAACAAUCAUUCUGCCUUAAAGAAGCUGUGGAGUACAGAAUUAAAAUCAGCUUUAAGGUGAACAAGGAGAUCGUUUCCGGACUGAAAUAUCAGCAGCAGACCUACCGGAAAGGUGUAAAAUUGGACAAAACAAACUACAUGGUUGGAAGUUACGGCCCCCGCGUGGACGAAUAUGAAUUUCUGACUCCCAUAGAGGAGGCCCCCAAGGGUAUACUGGCCAGAGGCUGCUACAACAUGAAGUCUCUCUUCACUGACGACGAUAAAACCAAUCACCUCUCCUGGGAGUGGAACCUGACCAUCAGCAAAGAUUGGAAGAACUAGGUCCAUGGAGAAGACGUGUGCCGCCCCCUUUGUGUGGGGUCUAUAACAUCCCUCUGUCCUCCGGGAGAAGCUGCCGGAUCGCGUCCCCACUCUGUACCAUGUGGCGUGUCCCCCACCCCACCCCCCCUCCAAUGCCUCCUUUAAAAAAAAAAAAAAUGCCAAGUGGGAUUGCCGUUUCUGCCUGAUGUGGGCGCUGUUUGCCUUGCCCCGUUGUGUAUUAUGUAUACUGCAAGAUGAUUGGGCGGAAGGAGUUGUGCCCGUUGUCCGCUCAUGUUGUCGUGCCCGGCCCGAGUUCAUUCCAAGGACUUGUUGUUUUUUUCUGACCGCCUUAUGAUAAUUUCUGUCCAUUGAGAUGUCGUCUUCUUCUUCUUUUAAUGUUUUGUAGCCAUGUUGCCUUAAUGAUUUUGCAUUCGUUGCAGUAGGGGCAUUGCCCGAUGCUCCAUGUUGUGCCUCGCUUUAAAGUCUGCCUGCUGCAGUGUGUUAUCCCAGAAUGGGGUGAAGUCACUAAAGCUGCUUUUAUUCCACAUAUGACAUCUCUAUUGGAGGAGCGGAGAUCUUUUUACUCCAGCGCAGAUUUGUAUAGGACCAAACAAAUAAAAUGAAAUGUUCAGUGUCGGUCUCCAUCCAGGGGCCGGAACACCCCCUGUUCUGUAGUAUUGCGUUUACAAAGCUGCUUGUCUGUAGUCUGCCUGCUUCACCACACACAACGUCCAUACUGCACUUAGAUGAUCCUAGAGAGAAGCGCCAUACUAAAGGGGCACUCCAGAGGAUUAAAAAAAAAAUGUUUCAAACCAACUGUUUCCAGAAAAUUCUACAGAUUUGUAAAUUAGUUAUUUCCAGUCCGACCACAGUGCUCUCUGCUGCCACAUCUGCUCGUGUCAGGAACUGUCUAAAUUCCUAUAGAAAACUUCUCCUGCUCUGUACAGUUCCUGAAAAGGACAGAGGUGUCAGCAGAGAGCACUGGGGUCAGACUGGAAAGAACUACACAACUUCCUCUGGAGCAUCCAGCAGUUAAGUACGGGGAGGAUUAAUAUUUUUAUAUAGAAGUAAUUUACAAAUCUGUAGACCUUUCCCGCACAAGUUGAUUAGAUUUUUUUUCCCUCCAGAGGACCCCUUAACGCUAGUACUGACAUAUGAUUGUGGGGGUUGUAGCUUGAAUGGGGUCGCUUUACAUCCAGGGGGAAAUUGUGUAAGUGCUCUUCUUCUUCUUCCUCCUUUUUGGAUUAUUAAUAUUUAUUGCCUUUUUCUUAUCAUACUCCCAGAUGCACCAUUCCGCCCCGGGGGGGAGCGGGCAGCAGGCAGUGACUACUCAUGUGGUAUCCUCUUUGGGGGGGGGGGGGAACUUUUGGGGUAUCGAUCAUUGUAGCCUUCAGAGUCUUUGGGGGGGAUGUGGGGGGUAGUUUCUCACGGACAGAGGAAAAAUUUGUUGUUUAUUUUGUUUUGUAUUUGUUUUGUCUGUAACAUUUCCUGAAAAGCCAGAAUAGCAUGAUAACACCUCCGGUCAUCUGCUUCCUUUUUAUGACAAAUAAAAUUAUUCUGACUGGCGA